GCCGUACCCAUGCCGCCAUUCACGUCGGCAGCUGUCAAUCACUGGGUCCCGGAUGGUGAUUACCCGCUGGUGCCUGGUGAUUACAGAGGAUCUCCGAUGGGGAGGAGGGCUGCUUUGUUUACUAACAGUUCUCCUCCCUGUCAGCUCGGACACACUGCUUUGGAUAGCUAUCAGUGUGCUUACAGUGAAGCACCAACACACCGCCCCCCAGUAAAACACUCCCUGCACACAGUUAACCCUUUGAUCAUCCCACAUAUUAACCCCUUCCUGCCCAGUGUCAUUAGAACAGUGUCAGUGCUUUUUUUUUUUAGCACUGAUCACUGUAUUGGUGUCCCUGGGGAUGUCAGUGACACCAAGUCAGUUCCCCCCAGUGUCAGAAGGCCC